AUGGACAUGUAUAUGGGUGGGAGGAAGAGGUCGUCUUUUUAUUACGAUCUUUGGAAUAUCAAAUACUUGAGUAAAUUCAAGUGGGACGAUCUUACCGAAGAAAUUGCUUACAAGAGCGCAAUUCGGGAGCAGAAGCCAGCCUUAGAACUCUCUGCUGCCAAGAGGGAGCGUGAUUUCUCUCUCUCUAAAGUUGACCAAUCCCGUGCCUUAAGUGCGAUUGAAGAGCGAAUGAAGAAGAAGCAGAAGGUGCAAGAGGGGUCUGGAAUGAAUUCUGAGCUGCCCGUUACCCACAAGAAGGAAAUUCGUCAAUUCCGACAGAAAAAGCCAGUUGCAGUUGAUUCAUCUCAUGGAAAACCGCGACUCUCCAAAGAUGUUCUUGCUGGGAUAUUUGCUGGUUCUUAGUAAUCAAGGGCUCAAAGUGCUAGGUUGGGACACAAUGUCUGAAGAGUUGCAUUCUGGUUUCAAAGAUUUAAUUGCAACUAUGUAGGUACUUCUCUGUUUACUGUUCAAUUAUUGUAAUGUUCUCCUCAGGAGGCAUUA